UUGGGCUUUGAGGAAGUCGCAGCGGCCAAGCGGAGCAGCGGCCCCGGCGGACUUCAUCUCCCAGGCGGCAUUGCGCGCGCUCUGUUUCUAGGUGUCUAGCAACAGUCCAGACAGCCGGCGGCAGCGGGAGCGGUGAUCCUCGGCGUCUCUUCCCACGAUUUGUCCGCCGCUGGGUGCUCGCGGUUAAUGGUCGCCGGGCUGAACACAGUGAGGAGUCAACCCUGAGCCCUGCGCAGAGAUAUGAGCGGCAGCGGGCGGCCCAGGACCAGCUCGUUUGCUGAGCCGCCAGGUGUUCCGGGAGCCGCCGCCGCCUCCGCCGCGUCCGCCGCCGGAUCAGCCGCUGCCGUGGGGAGCAGCACAGGAAAGUCCGGGGUCCCUCAGGCCUCCGGCACCAGCUCGUCGGGAUGCUCGAACCUGAAGCUCGCUCGAGACAGCGGCAAGGUGACGACAGUGGUGGCCACACCGGGUCAGGGACCAGACCGCCCACAGGAAGUCUCUUACACUGACAUCAAGGUGAUUGGAAAUGGGUCGUUUGGUGUGGUGUACCAGGCUCGGCUCAUCGACAGCCAAGAGAUGGUGGCCAUCAAAAAGGUUCUGCAGGAUAAGAGGUUCAAGAAUCGUGAACUUCAGAUCAUGAGGAAGCUGGAUCACUGCAACAUCGUCCGACUACGUUACUUCUUCUACUCCAGUGGCGAGAAGAAAGAUGAAGUGUACCUCAACCUGGUGCUGGACUUUGUCCCUGAGACGGUCUACAGGGUUGCCAGGCAUUUUAACAAGGCCAAGAGCAUCAUUCCUAUCAUAUAUGUGAAGGUCUACAUGUACCAGUUGUUUCGCAGCCUGGCUUAUAUCCAUUCCCAGGGAGUGUGUCACAGAGACAUCAAGCCCCAGAACCUGCUCGUGGACCCAGAGACUGCCAUCCUCAAGCUGUGCGACUUCGGCAGCGCCAAGCAGCUGGUGCGCGGUGAACCCAACGUGUCGUAUAUCUGCUCACGGUAUUAUCGGGCCCCGGAGUUAAUUUUCGGGGCCACAGACUACACAGCAAACAUUGACAUCUGGUCAGCAGGCUGCGUUCUCGCGGAGCUGCUGCUCGGACAGCCCAUAUUCCCCGGGGACAGUGGAGUGGACCAACUUGUAGAGAUUAUCAAGGUUCUGGGAACACCGACACGGGAACAGAUCCGAGAGAUGAACCCGAACUACACAGAGUUCAAGUUCCCUCAGAUUAAAGCUCAUCCAUGGACCAAGGUGUUUAAACCUCGCACCCCUCCGGAGGCCAUCGCCCUCUGCUCCCGGCUGCUGGAGUACACACCGGCCUCGCGCUUCUCACCGCUAGAGGCCUGCUCGCACGCCUUCUUCGACGAGCUGCGCCAGCCCAACACGCGGCUGCCCAGCGGCCGCGAGCUGCCGAUGCUCUUCAACUUCAGCACCACAGAGCUGUCAAUCCAGCCCCAGCUAAACUCCACCCUCAUCCCUCCUCACGCCCGCUCGCACACAGCUGCUUCCGCCCACGACGGCACCGGUUCAGAUUCAUCUCAACACAGCUCAGUACCAGGAUCUCUUAACAGCAUCUGAAGCCGCUUCUCACCUGCCUGCCUCCUGUCAGCCACACACACACACACACACACACACACACACACACACACACACACACACACACACACACACACACACACACACACACACACACACACACACACACACACACACACACACACACUACAGCUUUCCUCUGUGCUGCUUGCUCUCCUCUUAGAUGAUCUGUUUUUGUACAGUACACACGUUGAACAAACUCGUAGUUGUGUAGCUGCCCAGGUUGAAGCUACGGCAGGAGAUCGUUACACACACACACACACACACAGACACACACACAGUCGUCUUGCUGCUGCUCAGGUGGUAUGUGAAGGUUCAAUACUAGGGGCUGGUCCUCUGUUAUAUAACCUUUUUUGUUUUUUUUGUUUUGUUUUUUAAUCAACCCUUUAUUUCCCGUUUUUCUUCUUUAUAUCUGUGUUUAUUUAUUUGACGUAUUGAAAUGCAUCAUGUGAGCUCAACACAUUUAGUCUCUACAGCUUUUUUUGUUAAGGUUUCUUCCAUGUUUUUAAAAUCCCUGUUGUUUCCGUGUUGGACUGCACACUGCCUGGCCAAGACUAGAAACGCCCCCAAGUAGGUCAUCAGGGUAACGGAGGUUUUUAUUUAACUCGGGGCUGGAGAACUGCUGCAGGGACUGAAACAUUCAGAAAUUCUCCAGCCACAUUAUUCAUAUAUAUAUAUAUAUAUAUAUAUGUAGAGUAUACAUGUCUACAGCCUGAUGUUUAAGCUCAAGUUAGAUCUCCAGCUGGUUUAUGUCCUGUUGACGUGGCAGCACCAGGUAGCAUUUCUCAGUGUUUGGUUGGAGAUCUGUUGUAUUUGUCUCUGACGUGAAUCAUGUUCAGUAGCUGUAUUUUUAGACUGAACUGGAAACCACCCGACUUUGAGGACCAGCUGUUGCUUCUGUUUUAAUCCUGAACUAAAGAGCGACACGUUCCCAUGAAAAAAGAAAUAAUCCCCCAACCCGUCAGCGGUCGUAAAAUGGACUCGACGAUGGUGGAGUUUUAAUUUCCUCUCUGGUUACACUUACACUCACUUAUACGGUAAAUAUGGGUCAAAUCAAACCCUAAUUGAGAUUCCUCCUCAUCUUUUAAACAUGAUUUUAUCUUUAGAUUCAUUUCCUCAUCGGGGCUGUGCUAAAAACAAUAACUUCCAGAGGGAAACUUGUUCUUCACCAAUACUAAAUGUACUUAGAGCUGUAACUGUCAGUGGUGAAGGAAGCGUGAAUGUGUGGCUCAGCUUAAUCACAGUAAUAUAUUCAGAUAGAGACUUUUAAUCAUGAGCAAACAAAGCUGUUUGUUCUCUGUUCUACCAAAUGAUUUGUUGUGCUCAGUGGAUUAUUAGAUAAAAGUGUAAGUUUCCACUGUAUCUUCAAUUGGAGACGAACACUGAAGCUUAUCUAUAGUAAUUAAGAAAUCCACAGACGGCAACAUUGAUGCCUCCUAAAGAAAUUGUUUGUGCAAUUUACCUGCUGAAAGAAAUUCAACAUUAAACUUCCGCCCAUUUUAACCAUUCAACAGAAAAAUCUGUUUAUUCCUUGAUUGUUCAUUUACAGUAAAUGUUCACCGGUUUAAUUCAUGUCACUGAGGUGUAACGUGUCCGAGGUGUGUUUCACUCAAAUUCAAUUCUGUUUUUCAUUUUUAGCUCCAAAGAUUAAAGCGACGUCCACAGAGCUUCAGCUUGAUGCUUCAUGCAGGACGUCAAUGUUAACGAUGAGUCAGACCUUUUCAAUUUGGGUAACUGUGCUGGUAAGAGUAAAUAGUUUUAAGAUAAAUUAUUGAUUUUAAAGCUUUUUUUAAAAGUAUUGAAACGGUGGAAUUCCCCUAAAACGUUACGAUCAUUCCUGGUGUAGAAAAAAUGUUCUCAACUGUGGAAAAGAGCAAAAUGAACGUCGGGCCGCGUGUCGCUGAAUCACAGCAGAGAAACUCGAACUCUUAACUCGGGAUUAAAUGUUUCAAGCGAGUGACGCGUCGUGUUAACUUGACGAGCAGAAGCUUAUAAUAUUAACUGAGGUUCAGCUGCAGACAUGUCAACAGACGUGUAUCAUAAACCACGUUAAUGUCAAGCGGGGGAAUUCCUUUACGGUUUGCUGUCGUACUUCUAUCUUUAUGAGGACCAGUUUGGAGUUGUUACCACGUUGAGGAGCCAGCGAAUGUAUCACUAGUGUAGAAGUACAAGCGUCUGUGUGUCCGACCACGUCCCAAGCUGCCGUCUGAGCAGCCAGUGUUGUAGGAGUAGAGCAGUCGAUGCAGAUUUCUAGUCAGCAGUGCACUUGAAAGUUUGUAGAAUAGUAUAUUUGAUACUAUCGUACCAUGCCUCCUCCUGCUGUUUGAACUGCAGCCAUCUUUGUUUUCAAACCCCACUUUCAUUCUGUAUGCGGAAAGUGGGGAGCUUUUUCUUUUCUUUCCCCACCCCCCCCAGCUGCUUCUGGGUUUCAACCUAGCAACCUCCCGGUCCGCUGGGUUACUGCCGGACUUUGUUUGAUCGACUCUUCAGGGUGCGUCACACUCGGAGCCGUCAGAUCCUCUGUGGCUAUGAAAAGGUGUGAGGACAAAACCCUGUGACGGAGAAUCGAACAUGGCAGAUUCUCCUCCUCCUCCGCUCAGAAGCCAUUUGCUCCCUCGACCUACUUUCUGCAUCUCUUGUCGCACAUGUAAAUAUCACUGAUUUUUAAUUUCCCUCUUUUUACUUUUUAUGACAGAGUUUAUAUCUUAUUUUCCUCAUUUUCUCUAUGGAGCAGUUCUUAGUUUGUGCAUUUCUGUAAAUAUGUUUUUUUUUCACUAUCCAAAAUGUAAAAUACUGCAAAGAAAAAAGAAGAAAAAGAAAAAACAGUCUCCUCCUCGUGUUUGUCGAUGAUCUCUCUCUCUCUCUCUCUCUCUCUUGUUCAACUCAGCUCUCCUCCCUGUUGCUUCCUCAGUGGGACCAACCUGACUGAAUUCAUAUUGAAAGAGUUCCGUUCCAAAUUGCUCUCCUCCUGUUUUGGUUGUGAAUAUUAUAAUCUAACGUUAUAAUAUUAAAUGUAGAAUCAUUCCAACGCU